CAGCCUAAAAAUGCCAAGUAACGACGAUGGCGUCAUAUCAAAUGAACCUAAACGUCGUGUUAGUAUAAUCACAGAUCCUGUUAUGGAGAGCAGAAUGGGACACGAUAAUUUUGGCUACGAGCCAAACACAAAACGAAAAAUAUCACAGCACUCCAGUCAUUCAGAAGAUGGACCCGUCAGACGAAAAAGCAAUCUUCACAACGCUAACGUCGACAGCUCAGCUAUAAACAGCUAUGAUCAAAGAGUAAAUGGAGAUGUUAACAGGGUUAAAAAGCAAUCAUUUUCUGAAGUAUUAAGCAAAAUCAAUCAAGAAUACGAAACUGGACAGCAGAAUGCACACCUUGAACAAUCCUGGAUUUAUUCUCUCUGCAUGAGGUGUAGGGUAGAAUACAGUACACCUUCAUGGGAACCACCUGGAUGGCAAAAAAUUUGCCCUUACCCGUUAUGCCCUCCGUAUAGGCAAUUUGCAAGGAUUAUAUCCAUAAUUCUCAUAGGAUUAUUGCUAUGGACAACAGCCUACGUCAUUAUAGGCGAUUCUGCAGCGCCAGGCGGCCAACUAUUUCAAUUAGCGGUGUUAACCGUAGCAGCAAACUUCGGAGGAUUUCUCAUAUCGCUAACAACGCUUCCACGACUUAUUGGCAUGUUACUGGUUGGUUUAUUAUUUCAGAAUGUCGGGUGGGUAAACCUAGAUGGGGAAUUCACCAAAGUUACCGCAGAGCUUCGGAAAUUUGCACUGGUCAUCAUUCUGACCCGCGCUGGGCUAGAAAUGGAUCCUAAAGCAUUUAAAAAAGUGUACGUCACCAUUCUGAAGCUGGGUCUUAUUCCUUGGACUGUAGAAUUCGUAUUAAUCGGAGUAUUGACGCAUUAUCUACUUGAUCUACCAUGGAUGUGGGGUAUGAUGUUAGGUUCAAUUAUCGCCGCAGUGUCCCCAGCUGUAGUAGUACCUUGCCUAUUCAGAUUGAGAACCAAAGGAUACGGUGUUGCCAAGGGAAUUCCAACACUAAUCAUUGCUGUAGCCGGUAUCGACGAUGCAGCUUCCGUUGCCGUCUUUGGCAUCAUUUCUAGCAUUAUGUUCACCUCGCAAGGCUUAGCGUUCCAAAUUGCACAAGCACCAGUUUGCGUUUUUGGUGGACUAGGAUUCGGUGUGUUUUGGGGUUUCUUGUGUAAAUACAUUCCAGAAAAAGGAGACGCUUAUGUAAUUCCUAUUCGUACAUUGAUGCUAUUUGGUGGAGGAUUACUGGCAGUAUUUGGAAGUGAGAAAAUACACUUUGAAGGAGCCGGUCCCCUUGCUGUUGUUUUCGCAGCUUUUACCGCUUCGUGUUUUUGGUGCGGAGAAGGAUGGGACCUUGAAGACAAUCCUGUAUCAACGGCAUUUGAAAUUUUCUGGAUGAUUUUUGAACCCAUACUGUUUGGAAUAACCGGUGCUUCAAUCAAGAUACGUGAACUAGAUCCCCACAUGGUAGCCAUAGGGACUGGCUGCAUAUAUUUGUGUAUAAUCGUCCGAAUUGCUGUAACUGUUGGCAUUGCAUUUGGAGACAAAUUAAACGUCAAAGAAAAGAUUUUUGUGGCUAUUUCCUGGAUGUCAAAAGCAACUGUGCAGGCAGCUCUUGGACCAGUCGCUCUUAAAGCGGUUUCAUCGCAACAUCGAUCAGAAGACGAGAAACACUACGCAGAGCUAGUUAAAAAUUUCUGCAUUCUUAGCAUUAUACUUUCCGCUCCACUGGGAGCGUUACUAAUAUCAAUAAGCGGUACUAAACUGUUGAAAAAGACGAAACCGAUGCUGGAGCCACCAGAAGGCUGGCGAAGAAGUCAUCGACCAUCACUACACGACAUCAGUAUUAUUGACGAAGAGGAAGAGCGUGAAGAUAUUGAGGGUAUCGCUGAUGAAGACACUGCUGCCAAUACACUAUCUAACGCACAAUCAGCCUCUGUAUUUACGGUUACGAAGUAAAAUAAGAUUUAUAUGCUAUUAUGUGACAAAAAAACAUUCCUUAUAAUUGUACUUUGUUUAAGGUUCUAAAACUCAUCGGACCCUGAAAUUUUACUAUCGCACUAGUGUGUAUCAAAAUUCCAAACAAUUUAUCUGCACACUCUUCAUCCGGAUGUAUAGCACAAACACUUUACACAAUCUAGGCAAGCCAAAAACAACAUUAGGACACCAAAAAUCAUUUGAAACAUCAUUGAAAUAAAUGCUCUAAAACAUAAUCAACUUAUUGCUUAAUUGAUGAUUCAUCAUCUUACAUACAAUGAGCUUGUACCCUUCCAAACACAAAUAAAAUAAAAUAGAA